CACAUACUCGGCUGUGGAAUGACGUAGCUUGCCUAUUCGUGGGGAAAGCAGAAAGGGCAAAAGGCAACGCGGUGUUGACGCCGUGUUCUGUUUCCUGUUUGGCGGCCACUCCUGCACGUGUUGGAUACGUCGACAGCUCGACAACUUCUUCUCCGCGCGUGUGUGUCACAAGCAGGAUUCCGCUCCUUUGGCCUCGACGACGACGACGACCACGGCACGCUCCCUUUCAUUCCUGCCCACGAGCAGCGUCUGCAUUGCAUCACCACUAAUUCACCUCGCCCACCUGCACGCUGCCGCCUACGCCUCGACCUCGCCCUACGACCGCUACGAUUCCAUGUCUGCAUGAGCAACGACGACACAUGACGGCCGAUCUAUCAUAAUAAUCCCUCCCCGAACACCUCUCUCCCAGGCCCGGGUGACGGCCACCAACCGCCACCAUGGUGUUGGAAAGUCUGGUCGCCAACCUGCUCAACAGGUUCUUGGGCAUGUAUGUUAAGAACUUCGACCCAAAACAGCUGAAUGUUGGCAUUUGGUCGGGCGACGUCAAGCUCAAGGAUCUGGAACUGAAGCGGGAAGCCCUUGACCAGUUCCACUUGCCACUGAACGUGGUGGAAGGGCAUAUCAGUUCGCUGGUCCUGAAAAUUCCCUGGUCCAACCUGCGAGGCCAACCCGUACGCAUCAAUAUCGAGGAUGUUUUCCUGUUGGCCGCGCCCAAGGAGGAUCAAGAGUAUGAUGCAGCAGAGGAGGAGAGACGAGCACAUGCAGUCAAGAUGGAGAAGCUGGACAGCGCCGAGCUGCUGAAGGAACGCAACACUGAGGGCAUGUCUCAAGAGGAGCAACAGAAGCAGCAGUCCUUUACCGCAGCACUGACGACGACUAUUGUGGACAAUGUACAGAUUCAGGUCAAGAACGUGCAUAUCCGCUACGAGGAUGCCCUCUCAGACCCAGGUCAUCCUUUUGCGGCAGGUAUCACAUUGCAAGAGCUGAGCGCGGUAUCGACAGACGAGCAUUGGAAGCCCACGUGGGUGGCGGGAACGAGCACUACCACUCACAAGCUGGCCACUCUCGGCUCUCUAGCCGUCUACUGGGACACCGAUGCAACACUGUUGGGCACGGGAACGGGCGAGCAACAAGAUAUCGACCACAAUGCGACAAUGGAGAAAUUCCGCGAAAUGAUUGUAAAGAGCGGCGAUAGCGAGGCCGUGAAGGACCACCAGUUCAUUCUCAAACCAGUGUCUGGCCGGGCUGGUCUGGAAAUGGACAAGACAGGCAAGUACGAUCGUCCGAAGAUGAAGGCACGUCUCCUGUUCAAUGAGCUGGGAUUCUUGCUGGAUGAUACUCAGUACCGAGAUGCACUCAUGCUAGUGGAUCUAUUCCAUUACUUCAUCCGGCAUCAGGAAUACCGGAAGCUGCAACCUGCCAAAGCACCAAAGGAGGACCCACGUGCCUGGCUGCAGUUCGCUGGAAAAGCAGUGCUCGAUCGUAUACACGACAAGAACAGGCGUUGGUCGUGGGCAUACUUUGCAGAGCGACGAGAUGAUCGUCUCCGAUACAUUGAGCUCUUCAAAAAGAAGAAGAAGGAAGAGAAACUCACACCAGAGGAGACUUCCGAUCUGGAUCGCCUCGAACACAAGUUGACGUACGAAGACCUUCGGUUCUGGCGUUCGCUUGCUCGCAAUCAGCUGCGAAAGGAGGGCUGGAAAAAGCCACAGCCCCAGAAAUCAACGUGGACUUCCUGGAUCUGGGGUAGCGGUGGCGGCCAGGAGCAGAACCAAGCCUCGGAUGAUAGUCAAAUGAACGAAGAGCAGAGAAAAGAGUUGUAUCAGGCUAUCGACUUCGAAGAGAAACAGAGUAUUGCUCAGGCUGUUGAUGCGCCCCGUGAGGCGAUCAAAAUGCAAGUCGACAUGAGCCUCAAGACUGGCAGCUUCACACUACGACGCGAUCCGCAUGGGAAGAAACAAGACAUGCUGAAACUACUCUUUGAGGAUUUCAGUACCGAGUUCAUACAAAGGACCGACUCAACACUCGUCGAUCUCAGUCUCGGCGGGAUGCGUCUCUAUGAUGGCUCAACAGAGGGCAAUCUCUUCGAGCAAAUGUUGACAGUCAAGGACGCCCCUAAAAUACCCGACAGCCAACGAGUCAAAGAAAUUGAGGAUGAUGAGGAUACCAGCUUCAGCGACGCCAAGAGUGUUCAGGGCGACGAUGAAGAUGAAGCAGAUCCAUUCUUCGCGCUGCAGUUCGAGAACAAUCCGCUCGACAACCGUGCCGACACCGCGCUCACCGUCAAGCUUAAGGCCCUUGAAGUCGUGUAUAAUCCAAAUUUCGUUGUUCAGGUCACUAAAUUCUUCAAACCUCCAGAAAAACACAUGGAGUCAAUAUCUGCCUUGAUGGAAUCUGCAGGCUCUACAGUGGAAGGCCUGCGGCAGCAAACAAGAGCCGGUCUCGAAUUUGCACUCCAGGAGCACAAAACAGUCGACGUGCAGCUGGAUCUGCAAGCGCCUCUCAUAAUUGUGCCAGACACCGUUACCGAGAAGAGCAAUAUCUGCUUAAUUGUUGAUGCAGGUCACAUUAGCGUGCGCAGUGACUUGAUUGACAAGGAGACACUGCAUGACAUCCAAACCAAGCAAAAGCAACAGUACUCGGACCAGGACUUCAAGAAGCUCGAAUCACUCAUGUACGACAAAUUCAAUCUACAGCUGGAGGCAACACAAGUGCUCAUGGGCACGAAUAUCGAGGACACAAAGAAACAGCUCGCACAUGAUGCGCCGUCUCAGAGCUUUCAUCUGAUUGAUAGAAUCAAUAUGGACUUCCGGCUCGAUACAUGCAUCGUCCCCAAGGCUUCAGACUUGACCAAGUUCCGCAUCAAUGGACAUCUGCCGCUCUUGCACGCCAAGUUCUCGGAUGCCAAAUACAAGGCGUUGAUGAAGCUCCUGGACUUUGCGAUCCCAAAAUUUGACAAGGACGAGCCGGGUAACAGCACCGAACAGCAACAUCUUUCUCCAGAAGCUGCCAACGAGAAGAAGCUGCGAAGGAAGAGCGAUGCUAAUAAGACUCGCUCCAAAUCUACACAAGUCGCAAGGGACGAGCUUGCAAACGAGAUUGAGCAAGGCGCAGAGGCCAAGCAACGCGACAUUGAACGUGGUGGGAGUGCGGCUAUUCGCAAACAGAUGGAGGCCAACCCAGAGCAACGCAACUUCGAGUUCCGGUUCACUGUCGACAAGCUUCAAGCGUCACUGUACAAGGCAGAUCCUCAAGGAAAGAAGGACGAUCAACUGUUGGUCGAGCUGAUCGCCGAGACUUUCCAUCUUGAGUUCUACCAACGUCCAUUCGACAUGGUUGCAGAUGUCAAGCUCAGCUCGCUUGUUGUUGAAGACCAUGUGGAAGAAGCGCCAACAGAAGAGUUUAAGAAUCUCAUUUCCAGCGAAGAUCUGGUCACGAAGAAGAAGCAGGACUUGCUCACGAUCCAUUUUCAGAUGGUCAACAAAAAUCAUCCCGAGUUUCAAAGCAAGUACGACGGCAUCAAGACGAAUCUUGACGCCUCAGUGUCCACCAUCAAUCUGAUGGUGACGCGCAAAACACUCCUCACGCUCCUCGACUUUGCCAUGACGACUUUUGUUCCUCCGCCAAGCGAUAGUCCUCAACAGCCCACCGAGAUUGAGGAUAGCGACAGCGAAGAUGAUGAUGAAGUUGAAGAAAAGAAAGAUCAAGGCGACAAGAUCCGAAUCAAGGCCAAGCUCAAUCGCAUUGCGGUCAUUCUGAACAAUGACGGGAUCCGUCUCGCUACUUUGAGUUUGACAUCGGCUGAUGCGAAAAUCUUCCUCGCGGGCGGUGCCAUGGAUAUCGAAGCUCGUCUGGGUGCAUUGGAACUGGUCGACGACAUCAACACAGGUGUUUCGGAAGACUCGUCGUUACGCAAGCUGAUCGAGAUUCAAGGAGACGAUUUGCUUGACUUUCGCUAUCAGACGUUCAAUCCUGAGGCACAGGACUAUCCUGGCUAUGAUAAUACUGUGUAUCUGCGCUCUGGCUCCAUCAAGAUCAAUUUCCUCACGGAGCCACUGCGCAAGAUUAUGGAAUUUGGCGUCAAGUUCGGCAAAAUGCAGGCAAUAUUCAAUGCCGCGCGUCAAGCUGCUGCCAAUCAGGCUACAAAGGUGCAGGAGUCUGCAGGCAAAAUGCACUUUGAUGUGUUGAUCAAAACGCCAAUCGUGUCGUUCCCACGCAUGGUCAUCACGGACAGUCCCGAGCGAGACACGGUCACCGCCUACCUGGGAGAAAUCUAUGCCAACAACAAAUUUGUGCCUCUGGAUGGCGAGGCUGGCAACGAGACUGCGAACAAAUUGUCGGCUGGCAUCCACAACAUCCGAUUGACGUCCACUUUCAACUAUGCGGAGUCGAAGUCUGAAGAGCUCGAGAUGAUCGACAAAGUGAACCUUGACUUGAACAUCACUCAGACAGAGCACAAAGCAGGGCGUAAUCGACCAGACACGGAGAUCGAAGGGUCAAUGUCCAACAUCAACCUGCGCCUGACAGAGGGACAGAUGAAGUUCUUAAUGGAACUGUCACGAAACAUACCUCAAGCUUUCGCAUUGGAAGAUAGCGAGGCCCUCGAGGAGGAGGCCGAGGAAGAGCUUCCAUCGAAUGUAGUUCAGCCUGCUCAGGCAGCACAGCCGGUGGGCCAGAAGAAGUCGGAGAAGACCGAGGACGUCAACCACAAACCAUCACGGCAGUCGCCUGAGCUCGGCACCGACGACGAUACCUGGACCAAGCUCGAUCUCAUUUUCAAAAUAGGCGCAAUCGGCCUGGAACUCGUGCAAGGCGCGCCAGAUCAACCCAUUGGCGACUUGGAGGCAGCCAGUCUGUCCAAGUUCUCACUCAAUGAGACCAGCAUUAAACUUCGCAUGAUUAGUGACGGCGCAAUGGAAAGCGAGUUGUUGGUGCAGUCUUUCACGGUCACGGAUACGCGACAGCACGAGAAGAACAAAUUCCGCAAGAUCAUGUCGCUGAUCAACAACGACGUGAAGCAGCAAUUCAUGGCCAGCGUCUCCAUCUCUGGUGGCGAGGAGAAGAACCUCAUUGCACUGCUCACGAUUGACAGCCCCAGGAUCGUACUUGCGCUGGAUUACAUCUUUGCAGUGCUCAACUUUGUUCAGAACGGUCUGAAGCAAGAUGACGCACUGGUCGUGGAAGAGGAAAGCGAAGAAUCCGAAUCUGGGGGUAGUCCAGAUGAUGCCAGCAUUUCUACACAGGAACUUGUCGAACGGAAGAACUCACAAGCACCCGGCGCUCCCCAACAACAAGGUGGCGGCAUGAACAUCUCCUACCGUGUCAACAUGGUUGACGCGCAAGUCAUGCUGAUUGCGAAUCCUGCUAUUAGCAGCUCUGAAGCUAUCGUACUGGGUACCAAGCAAGUACUCGUGUCGCAACAACAUGCAAUGGCUUUACAAGUUGAAAAAGUUGGCAUGUUCCUGUGUCGCAUGGAUCAAUUUGAGACAACGAGGCUGCGAAUUCUGGACGACUUUAGUAUACAGACAUCGCUUGAUAUGCGCUCUCAAGGCGCCGACUCCUCUCUCACCAGCAUCGCUGUUGACAUCGAGCCCCUCGUGCUUCGCUUGUCAUUGCGCGACAUAAUGCUAGCCAUGCAGAUUGUUAACCGUGCUUCAGCGCUGAACACCAGUCCCGACAAGAAAAUGUCAGACGAGGAACCAAAGAAAUUGCAGCAAGUCAAAAAACAAUCUGCGAAGUCGAAGAAGGCUGCACUAUCGACCAAGAACGCGGCCGCGUCGACGUCGAGGAUGCGAGCUACUAGCAUCAGCACCAAGAAGACGGGCAGCAAGCAGACCGACGUGCAGGCACCUGGUCCGGGCUCAGCUGUUCUGAAGCGUGAAGAGAUGACGCUUUCGAUGGAAGGCAUCCGUGUCGUACUCAUCGGUGAUCUCCACGAGUUGCCAAUGCUCGAUUGGAGCGUCAAGAAAUUCAUUGUCGAUGUGAAGGACUGGACCGCGAAUAUGACCGCUGAUACCCAGAUCGACACUUUCUUCAACGUAUACAACUUCUCCAAAUCAGCAUGGGAACCACUGAUUGAGCCUUGGCAAGUUGGUUUCCACAUGGCCAAGGAGACCAAUCCUGACAAGUUAGCCGUCGAGCUGUAUUCAAGAAAGACUUUGGAGUUGACUGUCACGAGCGCCACAAUCGCACUGGCAAGCAAGUCUGCACAAUUCUUGAGCAGCGACGAAGACGUGCUCUCCAAGCCACGUGGCAACGACGCGCCAUACAAGAUCCGCAACUGGACUGGCUUUGAUGUAGAUGUCUGGGCGAGUGGAGAGCAAUCUGGCGACGAUGAAGGCCAGGCAGCUCGCCUGGCAGAUGGCGAAGAGCAGCCUUGGCGCUUCGAGGAUCCAUCCACCACACGUGAGACGCUCAGUCCAGAGGGCCAGACAGGUGUCAUUGGCGUUCGGCUCGAAGGCAGUGGCUUCGACAGCGUGGACCGUAUUCAUGUCAAUCGCGAAGGCGAGGAGUUGUACAACCUCAAGCCAAGAAAGGAUAAGAUCCAGCACCGCAUGCUUGUUGAAGUCAGACUUGGCCCUGACAAUGUCAAGUACAUCACUCUUCGGAGCCCGCUUCUUGUUGAGAACCAUACUCAGAUCCCGAUCGAAUUGGGAGUGUUCUCGCCCGAAGAGGGGCAUUUGCUCAAGAUUGAAAAGAUUGCGCCCGGCGAGUCAAGGCCCAGUCCGGUCGGCGCUGCGUUCAUGCAUUCUCUGGUUGUGCGACCUGAUCAAGGCUUUGGGUACACUUGGUCGAAUGAACGACUGUUCUGGAAGGACUUGCUCAAGCGGCCAAUCAACACUUUGACAUGCCGAGGCGAGUCUGAUGACAAUAGCCCGCCGUUCUACUUCCAGAUGCAGUCGGUGUUCGACAAGAAUAAUCCUCUGACAUCUGUAUACCCAUAUCAGCGUUUGAAGCUGUCUGCGCCCAUUGAGGUGCAAAAUCUGCUUCCAUUCGACUUCAAGUACCGCAUCUACGACAAGAACACCAAGAAAGACUGGACGAACUUCUUGCGCAAAGGUGGAGUGUCGCCGGUUCACGUUGUCGAAUUGUCGCAUCUGUUGCUGCUCAGCAUCGAUAUGCAAGAUACUCCUUUCAAGGCCAGCGAGUUUGCCAUCAUCAACACGAACGACAAGAACGACUUCCAACGCGAGAAAACCUUGACAGUCAAGGACAACAACAACAUUGACCUGCGACUGAAGAUUCACUACUACAACGUACCAGACAGUGGUGGAGCCUUCAAGAUCACAAUCUACAGUCCUUACGUUGUGCUUAACAGGACAGGGCUGGAGCUGGACAUCAGAAGCAAGGCUUACUUUGGCUCCACCAGUCGGGCGGCUGGUCAGUCUGCACUGAUCAACGCCGAGGACGAUGGGAGGAAGGCCACCCCGUUCAUGUUUUCGUUCCCGACUGAUGAUCGCAAGAAUCGUGCUGUGCUGAAGGUUGGCGAUUCGUCUUGGAGUCAGCCUGUCAGUUUUGAUGCCAUUGGAGCCAAUGUGGAUGUCAAGCUGCCUGCAGAAUCUGGCCGAGCGGAGAUGCACUGUGGUCUGACAGUGACUGAGGGUGAGGGCAAGUACAAACUCACCAAGGUUGUCAGCAUCCUGCCGCGAUUCAUCGUAAAGAACAAGUUGAGCGAGGCGAUCCAGAUUCGGGAACCGGGGUCGAGCGAUUUCACGACCCUGCAAGCUGGUGAACUUCAUCCAUUGAGGUUCUUGAAGCAGACGACCGGCCAGCAGCUCAGUCUAUGCUUCCCCGGUGUCAAUAAUUCCUGGUCUUCGCCUUUUGACAUUGCAAACAUGGGUUCAGUACAUGUCAAGCUUGCGAAGGCUGGCGAGCGACAGCGAUUGGUCCGGGUCGAGAUCUUGAUGGAGAACGCAUCGAUCUACCUACAUCUGAGUUUGGAGACCAAACACUGGCCAUUCUCGAUGCGCAAUGAGUCGGACCAGGAAUUCCUCUUCUGGCAGGCCAAUCCUAACGUCGAUGAAGAUGAAGAGGACCGGUCGUCUGGUUGGAAACCGAUUCGCUACAGACUCCCUGGCAGAAGCAUUAUGCCUUACGCUUGGGAUUAUCCUUCGACCAAGAACAAGAAUCUCAUACUCAGUGCCAAUGGCAAAGAGAGACACAUCAAGCUUGCCGAGAUUGGUAACCUGAUACCGAUGCGCAUUCCAGCAAAGGGUCAGGCAGGACCCAAGAUCGUGGACUUGAACGUCGUGGCUGAUGGACCUACUCAAACACUGGUCAUGAGCAAUUACAAGCCGAACACAAGUCUGUACAAGCAGAAGUCCGCCAGCGCCAGUGCGAGCACAAGCACCGGAUUCGAAGUCAAGGAGCAGGAUACUGGUGUCACAAUGCGAGCGACGCUUCGAUUCGCAGGCAUUGGCAUCUCACUGGUCAACUCGCAGCUACGAGAGCUUGUCUAUGCCACUUGGCGAGACAUCGAGCUCAAGUACACUGACUCCGAACUGUACCAGACUGUCGGUCUCACCAUCAAAUGGAUCCAGAUUGAUAAUCAGUUGUAUGGCGGUAUUUUCCCACUCAUCUUCUAUCCUUCUGUAGUCCCGAAGACUGGCAAAGAGAUGGAGAGUCAUCCGAUCUUCCGGACAGCCAUCACCAGGGUCAAAGACGACUCGUACGGUGUGCUGUACAUCAAGUACUUCACCUUCUUGAUGCAACAGAUGACCAUCGAGAUCGAUGAGGACUUCAUCUUUGCUCUUCUCGACUUCACAAAGGUCCCUGGCGCAAGCUGGACUGAGGAGAAGGAAGGCCAACUCGCUCCUGAGACUCUCGAUGUGCCAGAGCCCACACAAACCCAAAGUGGGCAGGACAUCUACUUCGAGCUGUUACAUCUGCAGCCGAUGCAAUUCGAUUUGUCCUUCGUGCGGACGGAGAGAAUCAAUGCCGAGGAUACUGGAAGCAGCUCGAGCAACCCAUUCAUGUUCGCAGUCAAUGUGCUGACGAUGAGUAUUGGCAAUGUCAACGACGCACCGAUCCGAUACAAUGCGCUCAUGCUUGAAAACGCAAGAUUGAGCACUGGCGCCCUCAUCAGCAGUAUCCAGAGCCACUACGUGCAGGAGUCCUUGCGACAGGUCCACAUAGUAAUUGGAUCUGCAGAUUUCCUUGGCAACCCUGUUGGCUUGUUCACGAACAUCGCUUCUGGUGUUGGCGACAUCUUCUACGAGCCAUACCAAGGGCUUGUGACUGAUCGUCCACAAGACUUGGGUGUUGGUAUCGCAAAGGGUGCUAGUAGCUUUGUCAAGAAGAGUGUGUUUGGUAUCUCUGACAGCGUGAGCAAGUUCACUGGAUCCAUCUCCAAGGGCUUGGCUGCUGCGAGUAUGGACAAGGAAUUCCAAGAUUCGAGACGCAUGUCCAGAAGCAGGAACCGACCGAAGCAUGCUCUGUACGGAAUCACUUCGGGUGGCAAUGCUUUUGCCAGCUCACUCGCCAGUGGGAUUGGCGGUCUUGCCAGGCAGCCAUUACAGGGAGCCGAGCGUGAAGGUGCUGCUGGUUUCGUGAAAGGCGUCGGAAAGGGUCUGCUUGGCCUACCGACCAAAGCACUCAUUGGCGGUUUCGAUCUCGCUUCUUCCAUGGCAGAAGGUGUACGCAACACAACGACUGUCUUCGAUCAAGAAGGUCUCGAUCGCGUCCGACUCGCCCGCUUUAUCGGCACCGACGGCAUCGUCCGCCCUUACAGCCAGCGCGAAGCCCUCGGACAAUUUUGGCUGAAGACCCUCGACAACGGAAAAUACUUCAACGAAUCCUACAUCGCCCACCUCGAACUUAACUCCGGCAGCCAGGGUGACCGCUCUGGCGCCAUGUCUCCUACUUCGCCUCGCAGCCCUACUGCAUCAUCCGAAGCUAGCAUGCUCGUCAUGAUCACCUACAACUCUAUCAUGCUUGUCCGCGCGAAGAAGUUGACAUCGGAAUGGGAGGUUCCAUUGAAGGAUAUUCAGACGAUCUCCAAGGAACGCACGGGUAUGAGCAUUGUGCUGAAGGGCGGGACGAAUGGGCCUUUCGUUCCGAUUGCAGAUGAGAUGAGUCGCAAUUGGCUGUAUCGACAGGUUGCGGUUGCGGUUAAUGCGUAUAAUGAUAAGUGGAAUGCGAAAGGGUGAGAUUGUGGGAUGAUUGACAGGACCUGGGAACGUUUGAGGGGCGAGGAAAGUGAAAAUUGCAUUGACUGGGUUUGAAGAGCUUCGUGGCGCG